AGAGGAGUGAUUGGUAAUCAGAUGCCCUGGGUCAGUAGUUGAGUAGUUGGGAAGAGUGGCCCCUGAUCCUGUGACUGUGGAGUAGAGACAGUUGCAGGACAUACCCAGUGCGACUGGAGAAUUAGAACGGCACCUAGACAGAGCCAUUGCUUGACUUUUCUUCUUCAGCACCCAUGUUUUCACAUUCUCCCUUUGACUGUGUCCUGCUGUUGCUGGUACCACUUACCAGGUCUUUGGAAGGGGUGUACAUAGUUGAGGUGGGUCAGAAUGCUGAUCUGCCCUGCAGUUGCUCUCCAGCUGCCCCUGAGAAUCUUGUGCCUGUGUGCUGGGGCAAGGGACACUGUCCUGUGUUUGAAUGUUACGGUAUGUUGAUCAGCACUAAUGGAAGAAGCUUAAAAAAGCAGCUAUCUAGCAGAUACCAGCUAAAGGGGAAUUUCCAUGAAGGAGAUGUGUCCUUGACCAUAAAGAAUGUGACUUUUGCUGACAGUGGGAUCUAUUGCUGUCGAAUCCAAUUCCCAGGCUUGAUGAAUGAUAAAAAAUCAUACCUGGAGUUGGUCAUCAAACCAGCCAAGGCCACCCCUGCCCAGACUCCAUGGAGAGACUAUACUACAGCCUUUUCAGAGAUGUUCACCAGCAAGGAACAUGGCUCAGACACCCAGACACCAGAGACUGUCCAUGAUAAAAGUCAAACACAAACACCCACAUUGGCUAUUGAGUUACAAGACUCUGGCGCAAUCACCAGAAUCGGUAUCUACAUCGGAGCAGGGAUCUCUGCUGGGCUGGCACUGGCUCUUAUCUUUGGUGCCUUAAUUCUCAAACGGUAUUCUCCUAACACAGAGAAGCGACAGAAUUUAAGCCUCACCACUUCGACAGACCUCCCUCCCUCAGGGUUAGUCAGUACGGUAGUGGAGGGAAUGCGCUCAGAGGAAAACAUCUAUAUCAUCGAGGAGAACAUGUACAAAAUGGAAGAUCCAUAUGACUAUUACUACUACAUCAGCAAUGGGCAGCACGCCUGACAGCCUCUGGCUGUCACCCAUCAACACCAGUACAUCCAGCUACUUCAUUUUUUUUUUUUUUUUUUGAGGGGGCAUCUCUCAUAUUUAUUGAUCAAAUGGUUGUUAACAACAAUAAAAUUCAG